CCAGGUCGCGUUUCAAGCAGUGACAAGGCAAUGCCAAUGACACUCGGGCACAGGCAACAACCAUUUACCCGCACUUCAAGUCGAUAUCGCCGCGACACCGACCGUAUAGAUGGGUGGAAUACCGUGAGAAUCGGAAGCUGAAGCUAUCAAAUCUGCCCCGAAAUAGUGUCGAGAAGCUGCCAUCUAGAGACACUCCGGAGUACACGGCGAAGGAGGGGCAGCAUCGCAGGGCAGCAAUCAUGGCGGGGUUAGGAUCGUUCCAGGUGUCGAAGCCCAUGAGCGUCAAGGAGAUCUCAGUCAAGGCCCAGGACUUUGAUUUCAAUCCCUUUAUUCCCAUGAAGUAUUGGUUUCGUACGGCAGAUACUCUACUGCGGGAAGCGCAAAUCUAUGAACAAGAAGAUAGCAACCAACAAGCCUACCUCCUCCUUAUGCGCUAUGCAACUCUUGUCACAGAGAAGUUCCCUCUUCAUCCGUCUGCGAGAGAUCAAGAGAACCGGCAGGGAAUCAAGUCUGCGGCAAAGAAGUUACCAGUUGUCUUGGACACUCUGGAGGUUUUGAAACCUCGAAUAAAUGCCCGAUAUGCUGCGUGGGAGAAGGCGAUGGAGCGGAGGAGGGAGGCAAGUCUUCUGCAGGGCCAUGAGCGAUCUCGGUCGGAUCUUGCUGCAGCUUCAGAUCCGGCCGUUGCGGGAAACACAACCACACUUGCGGCAGCAGACAAUAGUCAAUUAGCUGUGAAGCUUGCGCACAAAGAGACCAGAAGACGAGAUGCUGCGAGGAGAGCUACACGACAGGCUGGGGUGUCCGAGCAAGAAGAACAAGAAAGAAGGACUGCUGGAUUGUGGGACGAUUGGGAAUCUGCACUGUCCAAAGACCGAUCAAAAGAGGAAGACGAGAUGAGAAGAAAUAUGGAGGCGACGAGAAGGCGAAUGGAUGGGACACACGACAAUGUCCCAGAUGGAGUGAGGAAAGCUCCAAGACCAAGACCAGUACCUAUCAUGCCACAGAAGAACGGCAGUGAAUAUCGCUACCCUUCUAUUACAAAAUCACAACCUCUCAGCUACGACGACAGCUUUGACUCCAGGUCGUCGUCACCAACCAUACCAAAUCUCCCUCCCAAACCAGCUAAAGAAAGUGCUUCAUCAGCCCUAUACGAACUGCAGCCUCCCCCACUACCUGAGAAGCCCACAUCAGCACCUCCAUCUCUCGACAUGGCCAACGGUCAACCGCAAUCAAACUUCACCUUCCGACCCUCCGCAUAUCUAGAAAGCGGCGAACCGCUCCGUACAGUCUUCCUUCCACCAACACUCCGUACCGAAUUUCUCAAAUACGCAGCCCCCAAUACUCGAAACAACCUGGAGACAUGCGGCAUGUUGUGCGGCACGUUGAUUUCCAAUGCCCUGUUCAUCCAGCGCGUUGUCAUUCCAGAGCAAAAGAGCACGAGCGACACCUGCGAGACAGUGAACGAGAAUUCGCUGUUCGACUAUUGCACCAGUGAGGACUUGCUACUUCUCGGAUGGAUCCACACGCAUCCCACGCAGACAUGCUUCAUGAGCAGCGUUGAUCUACAUACCCAUUUCGGAUACCAGACUAUGAUGAAGGAGAGCAUUGCGAUUGUUUGUGCGCCGAGCAAGAAUCCCUCAUGGGGCGUUUUCCGCCUCACGGAUCCGCCAGGGAAACAAGCAAUCGCGCAAUGCAGACAAUCUUCGCUCUUCCAUCCUCACAGCGAGCCAAACAUUUAUACCGAUGCGCUUCGCCCAGGUCAUGUGUUCGAAGCGGAGGGUCUGGAGUUUUCGAUUGUCGAUCUGAGGCCUUGAGCUUGACGACAAAUGUCUGGACUUCUUUUGGUGUGAUCAUUUCCAAAUAAUUAAUGAAUGAGAUUUCGCACAGCGUUGGCGUUGAAAAUGGAGCUGAUGGGACAUGGUCAGGUCUGGGAGCAAGUAACGCCGACGGCGAUUGGCUGAUCGGAAUCGGCAGGGACGGAACGGGACGAAGCUAGAACGGCCAACCUCCAACAGGUAUUGGCAUCUCCCAUGGCUCGGUAUACUACUUUCUAGAGUCUACGAUUUGGACUGAAAUAUAGAUUCAUUGUUCAUCGAAUGGUAUGGAAUGGAAUGGAGACUAUUAUGAUUGUCAGCUAGGUCGGUUCUGGUGUUCACGUGCUCGCUCAGGGGUAAGUAAACAAACAUUUUCCGCUGCGUCGUUUCGUGAAGUUGGAUCGCAUACCUUUCUGUUCCCCUUUCUUGGGCUCGCAUAUUUUCAAGCGGGUAUUUUUUUCCUUCUCUUGAUCCUGGUACCUCACUUCUUAUUCUCGCCUUCGUUUCUUGUCUUGUCUUGGUCUUUCUCUUUCUCCUUCAUGUCUUCAUCUUUAUUCUCACUAUCCUCCCCAGACGCAGCAAAGCUCUGUUCAAAAGACGCGAUAGCUUCACCAGCAGCACGGCAGCAAGCUGCCGUGGUGUUGCAGCGGUCAAUGUAUCCAGGAUAGGAAGAUGCGAUGCGAUGGGUGGAGAGAGGCUCGUGUCUGCAACGAAAGUGGCGAUGCGUUGGGUUGAGAGGGCUACGUUGGCUGAAAUAUCGGCGGGGGGUCUGUUUGGAGGGGAUGAACUGUGAAGUGGGGAGGUGUUAGUUGUGCUGUGCUGUAUGAGGACGGAGUACGAGAAGGGAUAGGGAUAUCCAGGGCAGGGGACCAAGAGUUGAAGGAUGAGAGAGAUCAGAGGAGCAGACGAAAGAAGUAGAAGAAGAAGAAGAGUGGACAGAACAGUUGGAGGUUGGACUGGCUUUGGAGAGAUCUAGCAGCUGAAUUGAGAUAUAGGGGGGCUUACCCAUCGCCGUCGACGGAGCCAUAGUCGGCUGUGGUGGAAUAGAUAUCGCUUUGGGACAUGAUGUAUAUCUGGGACGACUUGUCGACGACUUGUUGAAAAGUAUGGGGUCUCAAGGGAGAAUGAAGAUGUUGUGAAUAAGGCUGCGUAUGGGGUUGAAUGACAAUGAUGUGUUCGAGAGAAGGAGUGUGGCUUAUUGAUGAGGUUCGAGGAGGCUUUUAAGUGUUAGGGGAAAGAAAAGCGAUGAGGUUGAGUGCAAGGCUGGAAGAAGGCUGGCUGAACUGAUGUGAAAAUAAUAUGAAUUGAGAACUCAUCAUCUCGGUAGGCGAGGAGGGGUAUAAGUAGCUUUUUGGACUUGUAAGGUAAUUUUUGGAACACUCGCUGAAAGUGAUUGCGGUGCUGAUACCGUUCCGAUAUGGAAUUCCAAAAGGUCAGCAAAGAUCUUGGUAGGGUAGGGCAGGGUGGACCUGACAUUGGCACUAGCGUGGUUGCCUCGUUUACUGAAUUUAGCGAGUCCAAACAACCCCAGCUGGUGCGAGGCCUCGGAGGCUCAAGUGGUGGUUCGCAUUUUUGCUUCCAGCGUAUCACCUAAACUCGCCCAAUGGAUCCCUGCAAAUGCAUCAUGUUCGUGCAUAUGCUCAUCCGGGUGGCAGACGACGCAAGGUUGGGUCGGAAUCCGCAUCCCCGUGGCAGCCUCGUCAAACUCUUGAUUCGUUCAGGUAUUGGCUAUCUUCGGCAUUGAUUCAUUUCAGCAGCUGCAUACUAGCAAAGAUAUAUCCAUUGGAUCACUUAUCGUGACCUUGACAAAACCUAUGAUGACUGUUGAUAGGAUAGAAAU